AUGACAGACAAGAUAACUGAUUUAGUUCGAGGCACACCUUUGACCCUGUACAACAGAUUUGCAGAAUUAAUGCUAGUUGUUGGAGUGGAUGAAAACACUGGGCUGGUGUCUUCCCGGAAAGAGACAGAUAGCGAUGAGGAUGGUGAAGAUUCUUUAAGCCAUCUGUUUAAUGAUGAAUAUGAAGCACAAGUGCUUGUGGCUAUUUCUGCUUCGAAAGCUCUGGUGUUUCAGCCACAGAUAAUGGAAGAUCUAACAUAUCCACCUACGGCUGAAUCCCUGGCUAACAUGAGCAACUUUCAUACUGUGAAGUCAAGGUCCGAGAAGCCUACACCUGGUAAACACAUCUGGAAUGCCCUGGGCCAGCAUUCAGUGUCCAUCAGUCCUGCGGUUGUCAGACAGCACCUCACCCAGAACGAACACUCAUCACCAUCAUCACCAAAUGUCCAUGAUUUGCCUCUAUCGAAAGAUGCUAUUGAGACAAUAUCAACCUUCUGUUUUCCCGACAAUGCUCACAUUUAUGCGGACAAGCCGGACAACAGCAUUCAUUUUCUGGUUCUGACUGAUGUGUAUCACAGCAAGACCUACGCUUCCUGCCUGACUUUCUACAAGCCAUAUUGGCUGGCAAAGGUACAUAAAU